AUGACAAAAGAAGAAGAAGAAGAAGAAGAAGAAGAAGAAGAAGAAGAAGAAGACGAAGGGGGGUGGAUGGAAAUGGUUGUCGGGAACGCAGACACGCAAAACAGACCUGCAUCGAGCGGACGACGAGGAGAAACGGACAAGAAGGGGCAGCAGCGACCAGCGGCGACACACGACACAUGUAUGUCGUUUCAGCCCUGUGGAAACCUCGGCCCAAAGAGGAAUAGGAAGAAAGAAGGAGACGACGACCGACGCAUGCCGACUAUGCCUAUUUCCGAUUUAGCCUCCCACCGCUUCCCCACCGCUCUCCACUCUCCACUCUCACCCUUCUCCUUUUUUGCAUGUGCAGCUUCACCCGUCCUCUUCACCUUCUAA